CAGCCAGCUACCAAUCAGAAAGCCUGCCACACACUGUAAAGACAGGAAAACACCGACCAGCCAGAAAGAGGGAGAAGGAAAUCAAGUGUUUAAUGGAAUGAAGUGGUGAUAUGGCUCUGGAUAUGGAGAGGACAGUCUCUAAAAUCAUGUUUGACUUCCAGAGGAACUCGACCUCUGAUGAUGACUCUGGCUGUGCGCUGGAGGAGUACGCCUGGGUUCCACCUGGCCUCAAACCUGAACAGGUUCAUCAAUACUACAGCUUUUUCCCAGAAGAUAAGGUCCCUUAUGUGAACAGUAUUGGUGAAAAGCAUCGAAUCAAACAACUCCUUCAGCAACUGCCACCGCAUGACAAUGAGGUUCGGUACUGUACCUCACUGGAUGAAGAAGAAAAGCGGGAAUUGAAGAUCUUCAGUAACCAGCGAAAAAGAGACAAUCUAGGCAGAGGCACUGUCCGACCUCUACCCCUCACUAUAGCUGGAGCUAUAUGUGAACAGUGCAGAGACCAGAUCAAUGGUGGCGAUAUUGCAGUGUUGGCCUCGCGGGUUGGCCAUGGCCUGUGUUGGCACCCCCACUGUUUUGUGUGCAGCGUGUGUUGCGAGCUAUUGGUAGAUCUCAUCUACUUCCACCUGGAUGGCAAGAUCUACUGUGGCCGCCACCAUGCUGAACGAAUUAAGCCACGUUGCUCAGCAUGUGAUGAGAUUAUCUUCGCAGAUGAGUGCACAGAAGCAGAGGGACAGCACUGGCACAUGAGGCAUUUCUGCUGUUAUGAGUGUGAGGCUCCACUAGGUGGUCAGCGGUACAUCAUGCGUGAGGGUCAUCCUCACUGCUGCAACUGCUUUGAGUCACUUUAUGCAGAAUACUGUGACUCUUGUGGAGAGCACAUAGGUAUAGACCAAGGUCAGAUGGCAUAUGAAGGUCAACACUGGCAUGCCACUGAAGAGUGUUUCAGCUGUGCCCGCUGCAAUCAGUCUUUGCUGGGUCGUCCCUUCUUGCCGAAACAAGGUUUGAUCUACUGUUCCCGUCUCUGCAGCCAAGGGGAUGAGCCUGAGCUGUCGGACUCCUCAGACUCUGCUUUCCAGAGUGCCCGUUCCCGACAGUCACACCACAGUGGUCAGAUUGGCAAGGAUGGGACAAAAGGGAAGGGUGAAGGUGUCCGACAAACAUCAUCUGGCCCUACACAAUUAGCUGGUGAUGCGGAGCCUCUAGCUGUUCAAAUGGAUUUGCUGAGCAUCUCAAGCCCAGCACCAAGCCGCACUCCCCAUCGCACACCAACAAGAACCCCAAGUAGAACCAAAAGUCGGUCUCCAAGUCUCAACCGCAAGCAGCCAGUUUGGGUAAACCGGGAUGAGCCUUACUCCUAUGAGUCUCAACAAAGAGAUUCCUCCACAUCUCCAAAUCCCCAUCAGCUACGAAGCCAAUGUAGCAUUCGUACCGCUUACCCUCCUUCUCCCAAUCAGCCAGCCAAGAUAGUGAGCAGUCCUGAGUCUUGGUCCAAAGAACCACCUGGGGGUAAUCCCAAAAAGCCUCCAGUCAUUGCUGCUCUGAGGGGGCACUCUUUCAAUGAAAACUGGAUGCAUCAUGGCCAAGAACCUGAAUUUCAUGCUCCUAAGCUCAAAACACAAAUGAGCUUCAAUGAGGUAUCAAGCCGUAAUUCUGGAUUUUUGGACAAGCGCAGUAUCAGUGUGCAAGGUUUCCCCCGAGAGAUGCGUCCUCCAUUGCUGAGGAGCAGGCACCAAUUUGGGCCAAGCUUUGGUGAACUUACACCACUAGAACAAACACCAAGAGGUUCUGCUGACUCACUGGCCCUUUCAUGCACUACAGCAGGAAACUCCUUAGACGGGACUAACAGGCGUCAGGAGCACUUCUCUCGAUUUUCUAUGCCUGACCUGAGUAAAGACUCUGGGGUAAUUGUGUCUGAUAAAGGCACCAUGGGUACUUUAAACUCACCAAUGCAGUUCCGCAGCACUGAAUCCCUGAGCUCUGUCCCAAGACCCCUUGCUGAUAUUGGCAUGCCUGUCAGAGUAAGGUACCCUCCUCCACUAUACUGGGAUUCGCACAGAGGGAUAAGUUUUGAGGAUCCAGUCAAAGGUCACAUUGGUCUUGCAGGAAGCAUGUCCUGUAUGCAAGAAGGCAAUGCCCAAGCAAUGACACCACGGCCAAGACGUCCUCAAACACAAGACUCUCCCAGACAGCAGCGUCAGCGACAACGUCACCACCACAAGAGUCACAAAGGUCAUAAAUAUCACUAUCGCUCCCGCCGCUCUCGGUCAGACAAUGCCCUGCAUUUAGCUACAGAAAAUCAGAGUUUCCCUGGGGACCCCAUUCAUAGGUUUCACAAUGACUUUGAGCGACCAUCCUCAUCAAGAAUGUCACACAAUCUCUUUGGAGCUAACUAUGGGUAUCGACAACAGUUCUUUAGGCCAUGCCCUCGAACCACAUCGGACCUCACCUUGCAGGAUCCUGGAGGUCCACAAAUUGGACAGUUUAUGGGUAGGUAUGGAGAAACAGCUGAUGAUGAAGAUCAGUUUUGCUCAACCUGUUCCUCUUCUUCAGAGGUGUCUGAUGAUGAUGGUUACCUUAUGGGUGAAGUCAUUCCACGGCCAGUGCAGCUCCGAUACUUUGACAAUGAGGAAUUGCGACAUCGUUAUAGUCCUACAUUGACGGGUGGUCACACCCAAUUACAUACACGCAAACGGCGAAAGAGCAAGAACUGCAUCAUAUCAUAAGCAAUUGGUAAUGUGAGUAUCUGAGUGUGUGUAUGUGAGAGUGGGUGAAGUGAGUAUGUGAGAAGUGAGUAGACACCUGUACAUCAUCAUUUAAUUGUCAAAUAAUUCAAAAUUCUAUCACCUUCCAGUAAUUGUGUUACUUGUUUAGUUGAACAUAGAGGUAUUUCCUCUUGUGUAAUAUUAACCGUUUAGAUGUACUAUUUUAAACAUACAGGCUCCACA